AUGAAGCCGACCGGCCCUCCUUGCCUGUCUGAGUUGGUUGUCGAGCUCAUCGAGUUGAUCGCAGACUCCUGCGACGGGGACAGUAUCUUGCAGCUGCGUUUGGUGUGCCGAGAGCUCCAGAGAAAAACUAUUCACUACUACGCGCGCCGUUUCUUCUCAUCCGUCAAGACAGAUCUAUCUAGCGACAGUCUCCGUCGCAUAAAUGCCCUCUCGCAACAUCAGAUUAUACGACCCUAUGUUCAAGGCUUAGCUUUCAUACUCCAGAAAGGCGUAGGCCAUGGCAUAGAAUGGGAGCGCUAUCGAUGGGGACCCUUGUGUGCGCCACUGAAAAUCGAGGCCAUUCGAACUUUACACAAUAACCUCCUUCAUGGUCUGACCAACUGCCGCUCAUUUUUCAUUUUCUGUCGAUAUCCUGAAGGCCAGCCGGAUCUGGGUCGGGUUACCAUCACGGACGCGGUGCGAGUAUCUUUUGCACUCUUGGAAGGUAUAAAGCUCCAUUCCUUCCAUCUAAUAUAUGCAAAUAAGUACUCCCGCACUCUGAUAAUGGAUAUGCGCCGCCUACCGAAGCUGCUAUACCGCCAACCAGAGUUUCAAAAUGCGUGGUUGAAUCUCAAGAAACUGUCUCUGGAGCAGUAUCUUACUCUAGAGAACUUUGGUUUCUUGCUAGAGCUGGUACUCAGUGCCCCGAAUCUUGAAACACUUUUACUUAAUUUGGGGUCCCACGAUUUGUCUUGUGAAUUUAUCCACGAAUUAGCCGAAAUGGGCACACUAUCUCAACUAUGUGAGCUGGCUCUAUUUCGGACUUCAAUGCACGGGCCAGACGUCAAAAAACUCCUUGGCAAGGUCCAAGGGAGCCUCAGUACCCUCACCUUGUAUCAUGUUUCUCUAUCGCCGGACGACAGCUGGGCCUCUAUUAUUCAGGCGCUUGGUGAGGAGCUUUUACAUUUGCAGAGCAUCUCUCUAUAUUACCUCUGGUCCAGUACACCGUCCAAGGAGCUAUUGGCGUUUCCAGACCUUCGGAGGGUGCCUGAUUUGUGUAAUUUGCCAGAACAACAUCUCCAUAUGUUCUAUUCGGAAACCUCCCAGAGCCCAACUGUGCUGGGAGUGGAGUAUUCAGGGCCCAAGAUGCCGCAGAUAUUAAGACUGUUACAAACCACCAGCAAGUGUACUGGAUGA